UGGGCAUAUUCGUUUCUGGGCUCUCGUGACGAGUUAGCGUGUAUCUCGUCGUUAGUUCGAUUAUCGCAGUAAGCUUCGAAAAAGACCAAAAAGCUACCGAGCAACAUGAGGGAAAUCGUCCACAUUCAAGCUGGCCAGUGCGGUAACCAAAUUGGCGCAAAGUUUUGGGAAAUUAUCAGUGACGAGCAUGGUAUCGACCCAACCGGUACUUACCACGGUGACUCCGACCUUCAAUUGGAGAGAAUCAACGUAUACUACAAUGAAGCGUCCGGUGGUAAAUAUGUACCACGUGCCAUCCUCGUCGAUUUGGAGCCAGGCACGAUGGAUUCCGUUCGCUCGGGACCUUUCGGACAAAUAUUCAGACCAGACAACUUCGUAUUUGGGCAGUCCGGAGCUGGUAACAACUGGGCGAAAGGUCAUUACACCGAGGGCGCCGAGCUGGUAGACUCGGUCCUCGAUGUAGUCAGAAAAGAAGCCGAAAGCUGCGAUUGCUUGCAAGGUUUCCAACUGACUCACUCUUUGGGCGGUGGUACUGGAUCCGGCAUGGGAACGCUGCUCAUUUCGAAAAUUCGCGAAGAAUACCCCGAUAGAAUCAUGAACACAUACUCGGUUGUACCGUCUCCCAAGGUAUCAGAUACCGUCGUGGAACCGUAUAACGCAACACUUUCCGUACAUCAACUGGUAGAGAACACGGAUGAAACUUACUGUAUCGACAACGAGGCCCUUUACGAUAUUUGCUUCCGCACUCUGAAAUUAUCUACACCCACCUACGGUGAUUUGAAUCAUCUCGUCUCCCUCACGAUGUCCGGUGUCACCACUUGCUUAAGGUUCCCUGGCCAGUUGAACGCUGAUCUGAGGAAACUCGCCGUAAAUAUGGUACCGUUCCCCCGUCUCCAUUUCUUCAUGCCAGGAUUCGCACCACUCACCUCCCGUGGCAGCCAACAAUACAGAGCUCUCUCUGUACCCGAACUCACUCAACAGAUGUUCGAUGCAAAGAACAUGAUGGCGGCAUGCGAUCCCAGACAUGGAAGAUACCUCACAGUAGCAGCAAUUUUCCGCGGCAGAAUGUCGAUGAAGGAAGUCGACGAGCAAAUGCUCAACAUUCAAAACAAGAACAGCUCCUACUUCGUCGAAUGGAUCCCCAACAACGUGAAGACAGCCGUCUGCGACAUCCCACCUCGCGGCUUGAAGAUGUCCGCCACCUUUAUCGGCAACUCGACAGCUAUCCAGGAGCUGUUCAAGAGAAUCUCCGAACAAUUUACCGCUAUGUUCAGGAGAAAAGCUUUCCUUCACUGGUACACCGGCGAGGGUAUGGACGAGAUGGAAUUCACCGAAGCCGAGUCGAACAUGAACGAUCUGGUUUCGGAGUACCAGCAAUACCAAGAAGCCACCGCGGACGAGGAUGCGGAAUUCGACGAGGAACAGGAAGCGGAAGUCGACGAAAAUUAAACACGUACUCCCUACUUUACUCUACUC